AUGAGCAAAGUCAAAGCCCCGAAAGCAAAAGGCAUUCCGAACAAGCACCUGCACGCACGUUCAUCUUUUCUCUACCAAGCUGCCACGUACCUGACCUUGCAAACGGCCGAGGUCACUGAGACGCCACGAGGCAAACACCCAACCCCCAAGUCGCCAAACAGUCUCUCACUUGCACUCUCACUCAGCUCCGACCUCCAGCAAGUCUCGCGAAAAGGCCAACUACGUCUUGCUGUUUCUCUAAAACGGACACUGUGCAAAAGCUGUAACAGCAUCCUUGUUCCCGGGCGCACUGCAACGCACAGGAUUGAGAAUGCAAGCAAAGGUGGCAAGAAGCCUUGGGCUGAUGUGCUGGUUAUAACAUGCGGUGUGUGUGCCGGCCAGAAACGGUUUCCAGUCGGCGCGGCACCAAAGGUGAAGAAGGGGAAGAGAGAAAUGGCGGGUGCGGAGGAGACGCCGACGACUGGGGAGGAUAAGCCGGUGCUUACGGGGACGGAAUGA